UAUGUUUAGGGUUCCGUCUUUCAUAUCAGAUCUUUCUCAUUCAUUGUUUCCGCCGCUCACCCCUCUCAAAUUUUCACUCUCUCUCUCAGAGCUUUUCUACCAUUCUCACCCCACAAAAUCUCUCCAUCUCUCAACCACUCAACCCCGCCUCCGUUCCGCCUCUCUACGGCUCUGCCUCUCACUCUUCUCGCAGUUUCCCAACCUCUCCGUGACUUCUUCUCCGGCUCUGUCAUCUCGUCUCUCGAGUCUCUCCUACACCUUCGUCAAAUCGUUGCUCAACCUGGAAACCCUAGAUCUCUUCCAAGGCUUCGACUUGUGACCGUUGUCCGCCGGUAUGCUACUCAAUGGCUCGUCAAAUCGUCAAAUCCUCCAGCUUAGAAAAUUUAAUGGGGAGUUCAUCAAAUUUUGGUGUUUAUUUCUUCAAGUACUGUAAGUUUAAUUGAAUAAACAACUUUUAGGAAGGUCCAAUGGUACCCGGGUUGGACUUCCAUUAGGAAGGUUGUGAGUUCAAGCCUCAAUGGAGGCGUUACAAUGUAAUAGAGCUAGUAUUCAAAAUUAUUAUACUUUGAACUUAUUAACUACAGAAAUUAUUAUACUUGAAAGUUGAAACAAGCAACAUUAACUAGGAAGUGGCAGAAGAUUAACUACAGAUUAUUAGAAGAUUAAUGAAAUUACUUACAAAUUAAUCUUCUAAUUACCUACAGAAGAAACUAAUUAAAAGAUUAACUACAGAUUACCUACAGAUGAACUACAGAUUAUUAGAAGAUUAACUACAGAAGAAACACAGAUUAUUAGAAGAUUAACUACAGAAGAAACACAGAUUAUUAGAAGAUUAACUACAGAAGAAACUAAUUAAACUAAUUAGAAGAUUACAUACUGAAGAUUAACUACUAGAAGAAACUAUCAAACGACCUACGUAGUAAGGCAGACGACCAGAUCCAGAAGAUUACCUACAGACGGAGUAGUGGACUGUGGACGGUCGACCAGCCAGAGACAAACAGACGGACCUGGCACACCGCACACGACCAGCAACGAUCGACGAGCAGGUGAGCAGACGGCGAGCGAGCGACUUGGCGUCGUUGGCGACGGCAGAGGAGAGGAGGGCGGGGUCGGUAGUCGCCUCACGGAGUAGAAUGAGAGAGGAGAGGAGGGCGGGUUCGGCAGUCUGAUACUGAUAGGGACCUAAAGUUAACUUCUUAAGUCAAUUUUAAUUUUAAAAUUGAGAUAAGGGUCAAAUAGGCCGUUAAAGUAUAACAAAAAAAAAGUAAUUGGACCUUCAAUAUAUAAAAAAUUUUAAAAUUGAGAUAAGGGUUAAAUAGGUCCUUAAAGUAUAACAAAAAAAAGUAAUUGGACCUUCAAUAUAUAAAAUGUUUUAAUUAAACCUUUUAACUUGUUAUAUUAAUACAAUUUACCUAUUUUACCUGUAACCUUCAUGUUAAUGUUGAUAUAGCAGUCACGUGGAUUUGAAAAGAAAUUACCUAUAAUGAUGUGGACUACAAUUAAAAUAUAUUUAAUAUAUAUUAUUAUUAAAACUAAAUAAGUAAAAUAAAUAAAUAAAACCCUAAACUAAUCCCUAAUCCCAAAUUUUCCGUCUUCUUCAUCGUCGAUGUUGUCCAUUUCCGGUCGGUGCACGAGGAUGUGAUUCUUGAGCCUUUGGAUGUCGUCCCAGUAGGGAGGAACUCCAGGACCAGCACAGAGUCGUCGUCCUCGCUCCAAAGAACUCGUGCAUUACGACAACGUUUGGGCAGUUCUGGAGGGUCUGCAAGGCUUCGAUUUCGCGGAGGGCCGACUGGUGAUUGUGGUUUUCCUUCAAGGCGACGGAUUACCAAGCCUCUUGUUUCUAGGCGUGCCAAGUUUUAUUCAAGAAACGAGACUAUUGCAGAGGCAAUACUGAUAAUUUAACAACAUAGACCCACCCACUUUAGAGCUUCAACAAAUCAUUAGACAAUCAGGGAUGCUGUUUAGAAUUUGAGAGCAUUGAUACUUCAUAUCACCCUUCACCAGUUGUCCAGAUUACAAAUUCCAUUCAGCUGUCAGGUGAAAUUCGUGUGAAAGGCAUUGCAGCGGCAACCAAGAGAUGGGCAAGAAAGAACUUAAAGCAGGAGGCAGUGGCAGUGUGACCUUGGGGUCAAUUACACCACGACAAAAGCCGAAGGGGAAUAAACAGAGUCACAUUAAUGCCAAGUCGAUGCUGAAACUGGAGCAUAUGAAGAAUCUCGCAGUUUGGGCUAGUGGUGAAGCGUCCAUACCCUCAUUGGGCGCCUUUUUUGGCAAUCGUUUAGCUGCAUCCUCUGAGGCAUUGGGAUUGCCUCCUGAGCCGUCUUUGUUCUCUUGCCAAAGAUGUGAAUCUGUUCUUCAACCAGGCUAUAACUGUACUGUUCGAGUUGAGAAGAAUAAUGCAAAGGCACGACGCAGGAACAAGAAACCCAGAAACAGCCCACAGAAUUAUGUUGUCUAUAAUUGCCAGUUUUGUUCGCAUCGAAAUCUAAAGAGAGGAACUCCUAGAGGCUAUUUGAAGCAGAUAUGCCCACCAAAGGACAGACCAUCUACAAAAGUAAAACAUCCUAAAACCUCAACUACCAAGUCUUCUGAACCAAUGACAUGCCCACCAAAGGACAAACCAUCUACAAAAGUCGAGCAUCCUAAAUCCUCAACUACCAAGUCUUCUGAACCAAUGACAGUCGCAGCAAGUAACAAUAAGGACAGCAAAAUAGAUAUAGUGACUUCACCGGAGAUUGUCCAGGGUGAUCAUAUUGCGCUGCCAGCAGACGAGCCUUCAACUCCAUCACUGAGAAUGGACAUUUCCUUGUUGGACUCGAAGAGAAAGAGAAGGAAUAAGUCAGGAUUAAAGAAACCUGUUGAAUCUGAAAGUAUUUCGACUGCCACGGAUAUCGAUCAAGACGAUCAAGCCAUUUGCACAUCUAACAAGAGAAAGAGAAAAUCUUGGGUUACUUUGAAGGAAAUGGCUGAGAGCAGUGGGCAGGAUAAAAGCACACAGUUCUCAAAUAUAUCAGUCCCAUUUUUUCUGUAAGCUGGGCAACUGAUUCAUCAUAUUUUUUCAUUCAUAUAACAUUUGCUGGUUAUAAUGGCAGCAAAGAAAUUACUGAAUAUAAUAUUUUUAUUUUUUGCUUGCAUUGUCUAAAAACACACUUCUAUGGGGUGUUAUCUUGGGCUAAUGAAAUAUUCCUUUUAUUUGUUUGUGUUUA